AUGAAACUUAAGGAAAUAAAUGAAAGUAUCGAAAAAAAACGACGAAUGAUAGACGAGGAAGACAUUUCAUCAACUGCAAAACGUCGUCGUGUAUUUACAUCUCAUUAUAAUUUUUACGAUAUCGAUGUAAUCGAUAAUUCAUAUUCGUUCGAUAUUAAUGAACUAUUAAACGAGAAUAAUUAUUUUAAUGAUAAUAUAUUAAAUUAUAUUGAACAUUAUUCAAAUCAAUUUUCAUCAUAUUCUAAAUUAAACGAAAAAGAAAUUCGUGAAGAAUUUGAUCAUUUAAUUUUUAAUUUAUUAAAUCCAUUGAAUAAUAAUACAUCACUGAAAUAUUUUAAUACAUCUUCUUCAUAUUAUUUAGAAGAUAAAUUUAAUCCUGAUUGUACAUUUAUAUAUAAAAAUAUAAAUAUUAAAAUUAAUAAAGAAGAUUCAUUUUUACAAGAUUUUGUUGUUUGUCUUGGUAAUUUAAAAUCUCCAAAUGUUUCUUUAUCAGAAGAUUCAAUAAUUGAAGAAAUAUUACAAUAUUUGAAAAUUAUAUUGACAGUUCAAUGUCGUGAAAGCAUAUUUGGUUUUCUUAGUAAUUAUACACAUAUCAAAUUUUUUCAUGUACACAAGAACUCUUAUUCGAAUUCAUAUGAAUAUUUUCAAAGUCAAGAAUUAGAAAUGUUUAACUAUUUGUCUGAAAUAUUAUCGUCUAUUGAUACGUCAACAAUAACUGAAAAUAAAAGAAAAUUAGGUGUUAAUAAAGAUACAUGGAACAUUUUUAUAGAGUUUUUAACAAUGGAUUUUUGCUAUUAUUAUUAUGAAGGAUUACAAAUAAAUCCUGAUGAUGAUUUACUUGGUGACCGAUAUAUGAUAACAAAAGAAUGA